AUGAAAAUUAUUCUUCAUCAUCAAACCUCCUGGUUGCAUAUUUCUCAAUCAAACUCGAUUAAAGUGAAUCAACCUUGUUCUACAUCAUCAAUGCAGGAUAAAUUAAUCAUCAAUGGAGUUCAAACAAAGCCAAGUUAUGUAGACUGUAAUUAUUGCCAUCUGCCGUGUACUACUCAAAAACUUAAACCUAAUAUUGGACAAUUAAAUCCUAUUAGAGAUCCUUUAUCAAUGAUAAAUUCAUUCCAUGGCACUGAUAGUCAAAAGAAUACUUCUGGACCAGUUCCCUGUCAAAUGACCUCUUCCAUACUCUCUUCUGAUCAGCUUCUAUCGCAUUCUAGACGGACAGAUUUUCAAUUGACCUCCAGUAAUCAUAUUGCUGCAUUGGCGUCAUCAACUACUAGGGCAUUAUUACCUGUACAAUCGAUAUCUUCUUCUUGCUCUUCACCAUCACUAUCAUCGAAUUCGUUCCCUUUGUCAGUUUUAAAUAAUUUGCCACCACCACAGCCUACAUCCCUGGCAAAUCAUACUUGUCCUUCAUACUGCUAUUCAUUUUCACCACAUAGUUCAAAGCCGAUUUCAAGUGUCAAAUCUUAUACAACACUUAAUCAUACACAUUCAUCAUCAUCAUCAGUAUCCUCUAGAAUGAAUAAUGCUAAACAUCAUCAAUCAUCAUUUCAACAAGUGAAUGAGCAGCAACAACAACAACAACAGUUUACACCCAUUAUUGCAUCGAUGAUUCCCGUUGAUCCAGUUGAUGAAGCAUGUGCUCAUCAUCAUUCAGUGCAAUCAAAUCCUUCUAACACUAUUCAUCAAUCAAGUGAAAAAAUAAAAUUUCCCAUCCCAUAUUCAACUGUUUUCAACUUUUCACCACAACCACCAACACCACCACAGUAUCCACUACUACUACUCCUUCCACCAUCUUCCUUUUCUUCCUUAUCAUCCGCAUCAUCAUCGUUACCAUCGUUUCUCCCCCCACCACCACCACCCGUACCACCAAUCACAUCAUCAUCAGCAGCAACAGCAUUAUUCACUUGCAAAAGUUCACCUAAAACAACGUCACAUGCAUCCCCUGUAUCCUCUGUACUGAAUAAUAUCAGUAGUGGCAAUGUUAGUAGUAAAUCUGACAACAAUAGUAAUUCAUUUGUGUCAAAUGGAUUCAAAGAUAGUUUAGCAAAUAAUAAAGAUCUGCCUACAUCAAAUAAUACAGAGUGUUCAAAUAUUGAAGAAAAAUCACAAAGUCUUCCACGUUUCAAUUUACGUUAUGCUAAUGUGCUUCAUUAUCCAAAAUAUUCAAAUCGGAGAAAUUCAGGUUUUGAAAGAAGACUUAAGCAUACUGGACUUGUUUUAGACGCAAAACCAACCUUGCGCCUGUUACGCAAAUUCUUACAACCUUUUGUUAAUCGUGAUGUCGAUCAGAUAAUCAAAAAAUAUAUGGAUAAUUUCAUUCUACUCGCUGUGAGUAAUAUUCGUGAAGUAUUAGGGGAACAGUCGGUGUCUGAAGCGGAUUUGAACAAAUUUCGUCAAAGUUUAAUACGAAGGGCUGCACUGCGUUAUUUCCCUGAACGUUCUCACGGAAGUCCUGCUAAUCGCCAAGGGGGUUUAAAUAACACUAUACAACAAACUAGAUCUAAUACGCUUGAUGCUGGUGUACAAAAGUCAGUGAUAAAUGUCACUUCACAGGCCAAAACAGGUUCUUCUGUAUCAUUAUCAAAAUGUCCCAAUAGCAAACUUCAAUCUGGCAUUCCAACUCCCGAUUCAUCAGAAUCAAUAUCUUGUGAUAAUUCACCGCAUCUUUCACCGAAUACAAUAUCAGAUUCAGGCUCCCUGGAAAAACCUUCAUUUCUGACUACGAACAGUGUAGACAGUCGUACAGAUAAAACGCUCAAGACUGUUCAGUCGAAUCAUCAACGAAGACCAGUUUCCAGGGAUGGUGAAUCCCAAUACAGUCUAAGAAAUAAUACAUCGUUGGGAAACUUACGAAAAAGACCACGUCCAUCCAAUAACCAUACAACAACAACAACAGCUUCCUCUGAGUCAUGCGAUAAUCCGAUAUCUGAUGGAAAUAAACCUUUGGUGGUAACUAACUGUGCACCAAUCAUUCUAGAUGACAACAAUAUAAAUGAUCUACGAGAAAAUUGUCCAAGUCUGCAGUUCUCUUCUCAUUCACCUUCAUCAGCCUCAUCGAAUUCUACAGUUGGCUUCUUUCGUGAUGCAUGCAGCUCGGAUAGUGACGAAACUUUAAUCGGUUCUAAUACUACAGCAUCUGAGCAAACGACUACAUUUGCAAAAUUAUCAUCAGCGUAUGAAUUUAAUCAAUCAUCAUCCGGUGUUGUAACAUCUACUGUCCCUUCAAAUGUUGUCCCGGUGGUUCGUAGAAAUAAGCCUAAAGUAUCCAGGGGUCGAAAAACUCCAUGGUGGGAUAGAACUCGGGCUAAAAAAGCGAAACCAAGUAGAGAUAAUGAUGCUGGUGGUAGUGGUGAUGCCAAAUUUUCAAAAAGUAAAAAUGGAUCUGACAACCAUAAGGAAAAGUUGAUAAAUGGCAAAAAACCACUGAAUCAAGGUGACAAUCGAAGCCAUAAUGCGUCAUUAGGUCAAGAUGUUAUUUCCUCUGGGGUCAACAAUAAUAACGAUAGUAAUCAGAGUAGUAGUAGUAGUAGUAAUAAGGAUGUCAUCAAUGCCACUGAAUUGUACAGUAAUCAGUCACAGACACAGCAUCAUAAUGAUGAUACUAUUGAUGAGAAUAGUAAUAAAUACAGUUGUGAGACGUCUUCACGUUUAUUCAGAAAAACGUGUACUGAAGCAACUAAGAAUGGAAAUAUGUCUACUCCUAAUACUACCACUACAAUCAAUAACAAGGAUAAAGCACAAAAGUUUACUCUGGACCAGAAUACAUCCUUCGCUUUGGGUUCAACAGCAAACUCUUGGCUUGGAAUGGGCACUGCUCGUGGUCGCAUUUAUAGUAAACAUCCAGAAUUAUUUCGUUAUGCUUGUGAUAAUGAAGAUAAAGCUUGGCUUGUUCAAACCGGUGUCAUAGUUAGUCAUGGUGUAAAAGCUUAUCUAGUUCAUGCAGAACAAGUUUAUCAAAUUGCUGAACAAAUCAAUUCGCAUAUCACAAAAACUUCUUCUACUGGACGUGGUACUGAAAAGCUUAAAACAUUUAAAUUACCACAAAAGAUUUUACAAAAGGUCAGAAAUGCUGCAUUAAAUCAUUCAUUUUUCUCACAUAUCAUAUCUACUGAAUAUGAUGUUGUUGAUGAUGAUGAAUUAAUGCAUAAUACAAAAGCAUUCAAGACAAAGCCUCAUAAUUCCUCCUCAUGCUCCUCUUCCUCGUCAUCAGCAGCUCCACCUCGAACAAAUUAUCGGAAUAGAUCAAAGACAGACAUCCCUCUGCAUGCAUUGAUGAAUCAAACAAAAUCUACUGAUCUUUUGCCAGAUAGUUUUCAACAUUUAUCAACUACUAUGUCAUCAUCCUCUUCAUCAUCAUUGUCGUCUUCAUUCAUGACAUCUAAAUCGUCGUUGAAUAAUAAUCCUCUGUCUAGUCACGAACGUGAUUAUGAUUGUGAUGUUGAUGCUGAUGCUGAUGACAAUAGCUGUCAAGAUCAUGAUGACACUGAUGCCGAGACUGUUGCUGAUACUGAAAACAACAAGAAUACAGCCCCUGUAUUAAACCGAAAUCAUGUCAAAGUGAGAAAGAAGAAGAAGAAUAAUCGAUCGACAACAACAACAACAUCACUAGUAGUUAGUCAUCAUUCAAAAGCUGUCUACUCUGAUGAUGCUCUUUUAAAUUCAAUUCAUUCACAGCCUAGUCCAAAUCCUCCUACCCUGGAACGCUUUGAUUAUCAUAAUAGCAACAGUAACCAUGACAGAUAGAUGAAGAAGAUGUCUAUUGAUGAAAUAUGCUGUGUUGUUGUUUGUUGAUUUUUCAAUGCUUACAAUUAUGCAAAUGAUUUCCUUUUUUUUUUACAAAUAUAGUGUCUUUCACAAUUCAUUCGUUCGUUUAUUUGUUUACACUUCUUAUAUGUGAAUUCAUUAUUAUUAUUUAUUCAGCAGAAAAUGUUACUUGAUUGUUUGUGUAUUGUCUUUCGUGACUUCCUUUGAUUUAUCUCUCCCUCUCCCUCCUCUGCCGUUUUCUCCAUUACUGUUCUUUUCCAUAUCUCUGCUUACCUGUCAUCAGUCAGUAAUCAGUUUUAAUUAGUUUGUACAAUUGUAAAUAAAAACGACGAUACAGAUUAAUUAUAUAUAUAACAUCAUAUAUAUAUUAUUUUGACAACGGCUGUGUAUUCAUUGUGAUGAUGACCAAUGAUGAUUUAUUUUCGUAUUUUGUGUUAUUUCCAUCAUCUCCCAUACGCAUAUACUCCCACACACACACACACACACACACUCACUCACCUGCACACGUUGACAUCCUGUCUCCUGUCGCCUUUCACAGUUGGCUAUCAUCUCAUGUAAUCUAUUGUUGUUGUCUUCUAUUCUCUCAUUCUCAUUGCAUACACACACAAGUCCUUCUGCUUCUGCUUAAUAAGUGUUGUCGCCUCUUUUCUCUGUCACCUCGGUAGAUCCUCUGUAUGUACACACACACACACACACACUUAUGAUUUAAGCGAAUAUCAUUUUUCUUUAGAUUAACUACCUCUUUAAAAAUUAAAUUAAAAACGGUAAAUGUUGUAUAAUCUGAAGCAUAUUCAUCACUUAAUGUUUUGAAUGACGAAGUAUUGGCAUAAUUAUAUAUGUAUAUGUCUAUGUAUAUUUCUUUUAUUCUCUUUUUUUUCUGUUGUUCCAUUGAUGUUUUCCACCCACUCUGAUG